AAACCAUUCGGUUAUCGGCUACACAUCAUUUCGGUUCGACAUAUCGGAACGUUAAUUUGAUAUCUAAAGAAAAACACUUAUUUCCGUAUUUUGUUAAGUUUGUUAUCAUUAGUGUAUAUGUGUAUGCGUGAGUUUAAUUUCACAUAAAAAAAAUAAAAUAAAAUAAAAAAUAAUGGAUGUGAUGGAGAAUUUUAAAUUGUUCACAUAUCUAGCACGAAUUGGUGUUUGUUUUUUGGGAUGUUCUUUCAUAUAUUAUGCGUAUCGAUAUUGGAUAUCUGGCCUACGCUACACAAAGAACGCUGAAUCACCAGAUAAAGUAGUCAUUGUUACUGGUGCCAGCAAAGGUAUUGGAAAAGAUGUAGCGUAUGGUUUGGCCAAACGUGGACUGACGGUCAUAAUGGCGUGCCGGGAUAUGAAACAUGGUUUACGUGCAAAAAAUGAUAUUAUUGAGAAAACUGGCAAUCCAAAUGUUAAGUGUAUGCACUUGGACUUAGGUUCAUUCAAGUCGAUACGCUAUUUUGCUACCGAGUUUCUAAACAGUGGUUCACGCCUCGAUAUUUUAAUAAAUAAUGCGAAUGUUUUACAAUUGAAACGGAAAUUGACACAUGAUGGUAUUGAACAAAGUAUUGGCAUUAAUUAUUUUGGACAUUUUCUACUGACAAUGCUUCUAAUUGAACGAAUGUCACAGACGACACCAACGCGUAUAAUAAAUAUAUCAAAUUGGGUGCAUCGAUGCGUCGAAAUUGAUGAAAUGGACCUGAUGAAUGAGAGACAAUAUUGCGGUUUUAUGGCAUAUGCUCGAAGUGCACUUGCUAAUGUUUAUUUCACACUUGCGCUCACCGAACGAAUCGAGAACACUGGCAUCACCUGCAACUGUGUUCAUCCAGGCAUUUCGUUGGCCAAUUUUAUAGAAAAACAAGAAUUUUCCAAAAAUUGGAUACUACCAAAGCAAGUGUUGACAUUUUUGGCCAAAAUUCUUUGUAAAUCGAAUCGAGCGUGUGCCGACACAAUUAUUUUUGCCGCAAUUGAUUUCAGUGUGCAGAACAUUAGUGGCAUUUAUCUAUCAAAUGCGGAAAUCGGACACAUCGGAGCCAAUUCGGAUAAUCGCAAAAUUGCAGAAUGGCUGUGGAAUAAAAGUGCAGACAUCACCGGUGAAAGGUUAUGCGAUUUACCGAAUAAUUUCAAAUUUUUGAAAAAUUCAUCUCACACCGAAUCGUUAGCUGUUAUGGAUAAAAAACAAUAAUGUUUUACACAUUUAGUCUUGAUCUGACAACAAAAUUCAACGAUACUUGAUAUUCAAUUGCAUUGUAUUUAAAU